GCCCAUCACUGGUUCAUCUUACAAGACCUUCAUUUCCUCAUCACGUGAUCUGGAAUCGCAAGCAGAAAAACAGACAUUGCUCGAGACAGAAAACUCCACAUAUCUCCAAAGACAUGACGAUCACAGACGUCUCCCGCUGUACGAUGGAAGUUAUAGAAGUUGAGGAAUUCUUGCGGAACCCUCCGCCCGGUUUCACGGUAGAAGCUGGCUACCGAUUCGUGAAAAGCGAUCCUGAAAACUGCUGCGUGUUCAUCGAUGACUUCGAGUUAUCCAGAGGAGGAAAAGUAGUCUUCCAGCACUCGCAGGGAAAGAAAAUCACAUUGCGAAAUUUGGGAGAUUACACUCGCUUCAGGAAGAGCCUAACCUCAAAAAAGAUAUAUAUACUGGUGUCUGCAUGUGAAAGUAAACCUUCAUCGACAGAUAGGAAAGCUCCCAAAAACAUAAAAGUGCUCCAGCAGUAUGUGGUGUCCAUUGAUGGCCGUAACCCUCUGAUCAAGUGGGAGAUUGAGAGAGGCCUGGACAGGACUAUCUCCUCUGUGGCUGGGGAGAGCUACAGGGUUGACAUUGACCUGUGUGAUGCGUUACGUGGCUGGGCAGGGGAGAGUUUCCGUCUCCUAGGCAACAGAGAGAAGGUCACCCCCGUGUGGAAGGAUACCUGCUUCACCCUGAAAUAUUACUCUGAUGCCCUCUUCGACUUCCCACACUGGCUCGGCUUCAGCAAACGCCAUUUCAAGAUCUCCUACCAUGGAAGAUGAGAAGAAGCAAGAAUCAAUAAUAACUAUUUGAUGGGCAAGAAGACUGGACAUAGGCCAAAGAUUAUCUAUUAUAUUGACAAGGUAGUCGAGUGACCGCUCUAACAAUGGAAAUGCAUGUCCUAAAUGCUUUAAGGCAAUUGAGGUCAGCUGGGACGAUACUAGCCAAUGAGAGGGCAGAUAUGCGUGUGAACAACAAGUCAUUUUUCGCAAAGCUGCCUGAAUGCCACCUGCAUCCACUUAUAUCAGUACAUUUGAAACAGUCUAAAAAUUACAACACUUCUAUUGAAAUCAAAUUAGCCCCAUGUAAUUCGACACUCUCUCAUAGACCUCCAUACAGAAAAAAAGGUCUUAUCUCACACGGACAUAUUUAGGGCGGAGUAAAUCCUCUCUCUUCGCCUCUUCCCGAGGCCCAUGUUUCAGUGGACAACGACACCUGUCAGUUGAAGUGAGAAGCUGGGAUACCUGCUAUGCAGGAUUCCACCACUGGGGGGAGCUGUUUAUCAGUAGACUGGAUCAUCUCGUUUAGUGUAAGACAUGGAUGGUCAGUUCAAUGUUGCUGCUUUGGUUUGAGAAUUUAACCCUCUGCUGCACUGUUAUGUUAAUGGGAAGAUGGAGUAAGCCAGUCGGCAUGAAACUAUUGAAAGAAUAGCGCAAAAGAAGUUCAUAUUUACAAUGCCUUCAGAAAGUCACUCCCCUUGACUUUUUCCACAUUUUGUUGUGUUACAGUCUGAAUUUAAAAUGGAUUAAAUUGAGUUUUUGUUUUUGUUACUGACCAACACACAAUACCCCAUAAUGACAAAGUGGAAGGAUGUUUUUAGAUAAUAAAAAAAUUAAUAAAAAAAAAAGAGUCUUAACUAUUCAACCUCUUAUGGCAAGCCAAAAUAAGUUCAGAAGUAAACAAUUCACAUAAUAAGUUUACAUUUAAGUCAUUUAGCAGACGCUCUUAUCCAGAGCGACUUACAAAUUGGUGCGUUCACCUUAUGACAUCCAGUGGAACAGCCACUUUACAAUAGUGCAUCUAAAUCUUUUAAGGGGGGGGGGGGUCAGAAGGAUUACUUUAUCCUAUCCUAGGUAUUCCUUAAAGAGGUGGGGUUUCAGGUGUCUCCGGAAGGUGGUGAUUGACUCCGCUGUCCCGCUGUUUACAUGGACUCACUCUGUGAGCAAUAAUAGUGUUUAUCGUGAUUUUUUGAAUGACUACCUCCUCUCUGUACCCAACACAUACAAUUAUCUGUAAGGUCCCUCAAGUCGAGCAGUGAAUUUCAAACACAGAUUCAACCACAAAGACCAGAGAGGUUUUCCAAUGCCUCGCAAAGAAGGGCACCGAUUGGCGGCUGGUGGUACCUUAAAGGGGAGGACGGACUCUUGGUGAUGGCUGGAAGGGUAUUGAACACAUCAAACAUGUUGUUUCCAUGUGGUUGAUACCAUUACAUUUACUCCAUUCCAACCAUUAUUAUGAGCCGUCCUCCCCUCUGCAGCCUCCUGUGGUAGAUGCAUACAAAUAAAAAAAGCAGACAUUGAAUAUCCCCUUUGAGCUUGGUGAAGUUAUUAAUUACACUUUGGAUGGUGUGUCAAUACACCCAGUCACCACAAAGAUACAGGCGUCCUUCCAAACUCGGUUGCCCGAGAGGAAGGAAACCGCUCAGGAAUGGUGACUUUAAAUUAGUUAGAGAUGAAUGGUUGUGAUAGAAUAAAACUGAGGAUGGAUCAAUAACAUUGUAGUUACUCCACAACACUAACCUAAUUGACCGAGUGAAAACAAGGAAGCCUGUACAGAAUAAAAAAUAUUCCAAAACAUGCAUCCUGUUUGCAAAAAGGCACUAAUAGUUAUACUGCAAAAAAUGUGGCAAAGCAAUUCACUUUUUGUCCUGAAUACAAAGUGUUAUGUUUGGGGCAAAUCCAAUGUAACAUAGUACUGAGUACCACUCCAUAUUUUCAUGGCUGCAUCAUGUUAUGGAUAUGCUUGUAAUCGUUAUGGACUAGGGAGUUUUUCAGGAUAAAAAAAGAAAUGGCAUGGAGCUAAGCACAGGCAAAAUCCUAGAGGAAAACCUGGUUCAGUCUGCUUUCCACAAGACAGAUUAAUUCACCUUUCAGCAGGACAACCUAAAACACAAGGUCAAAUCUACACUGGAGUUGCUUACCAAGAAGACAGUGAAUGUUCCUGGGUGGCCGAGUUACAGUUUUGACUUAGAUCUGCUGGAAAAUCUAGGGCAAGACCUGAAAAUGUCUGCCUAGCAAUGACAAACAACCAUUUUUUCUCCAAGCUUGUAGAAUUUUGAAAAGAAUAAUGGGCAAAUGUUGCACAAUCCAAGUGUGUAAAGCUCUUAGAGGCUUACCCAGAAAGACUCACAGCUGUAAUCGUUGCCAAAGGUGCUUCUACAAAGUAUUGAAUCAGGAGUAUUUCUGUAUUUAAUUUUCAAUAAAUUUGCAAACGUUUGUAAAAA